UUGCUGGCAUACUGAAAUUUUUUACUCUGAAGAAAUGCAGAUUGCGGCGCAGAUGAUGCUACGGCAGUGCGUGAGCCGCGCCUUCCCGACCGAGGGCUCUCCCGGCAUCAAUCUCCACGCCGCCAGCUCUAGAGGCACGGCCACCAGCGGCAGCCGCAGCUUCCACCGGUGCUGCGUGAGGGCUAGCCUAUGGAGGACCGAUCACCUCCUCCAAAUGAAAAGCUCUCAGUCCGAGAUUAAGGUACACGCGGUACCGGACGUUUUCAGUAGCAUCAAGAGCUGGAGCAAACUGCAGCUGGUCACGGUGUCAGGGCUCGCGGCGUGCGUGGUUCUCCUAGUCCCUUCUGCUGGCGCCACCGAUGCGCUCAAGACAUGCACUUGCUUGCUCAAAGAAUGCAGGAUAGAGCUGGCCAAAUGUAUAGCCAACCCAGCAUGUGCAGCAAACGUGGCAUGCUUAAACACAUGCAACAAUCGACCUGACGAGACCGAAUGUCAGAUCAAAUGCGCGGAUCUGUUCGGGAACAGCGUGGUCGAUGAGUUCAACGAGUGCGCUGUUUCGCGCAAAAAGUGCGUCCCGCAAAAGUCUGAUGUUGGCGAGUUCCCGGUCCCUGAUCCGUCUGCCCUCGUCAAGAGCUUCAACAUCGCAGAUUUUACUGGCAAGUGGUACAUUUCAAGUGGCCUGAAUCCAACGUUCGAUGCAUUCGAUUGCCAGCUUCAUGAGUUUCAUGUCGAGGGAGACAGACUUGUUGCAAAUUUGGCAUGGAGGAUUCAGACCCCCGACACCGGCUUCUUCACCAGGGGAGCCGUGCAGCGCUUCGUGCAGGAUCCCGCACAACCAGCAAUACUCUAUAACCAUGACAACGAGUACCUGCACUACCAAGAUGACUGGUACAUCCUCUCAUCGAAAAUAGAGAACAAGGAAGAUGACUACAUAUUUGUAUACUACCGUGGAAGAAACGACGCAUGGGAUGGAUAUGGUGGUGCGGUUAUAUACACAAGAAGCAAAGUGGUGCCUGAGACAAUUGUGCCUGAGCUAGAAAGGGCCGCGAAAAGCGUAGGGCGUGACUUCUCCACGUUCAUCAGGACAGACAACACGUGUGGUCCUGAGCCUGCUCUCGCGGAUAGGAUCGAGAAGACUGUCGAGAAAGGGGAGAAAAUCAUCGUUGACGAGGUAAAGGAGCUCGAGGGGGAGCUCGAGGGCGAGGUCCUGGAACUGGAGAAGGAGGAGGAGACACUGGUUAAGAGGCUAGCAGAUGGCAUCAUGGAGGUCAAACAGGACGUAAUGAACUUCUUUCAGGGUUUGAGCAAGGAGGAGAUGGAAAUUUUGGACAAGCUGAACUUGGAGGCAACCGAGGUUGAGGAGCUCUUCAGCCGUUCCCUGCCGAUAAGGAAGCUAAGAUAGCUAGUCCUAGCAGCCACUUCAGCCUAUGCAAGGGGGAUUUGCAGAACAGGGUGCAUGCCAUCCAGCGAUGAUCAAUGUAGAUUCUAAUUGCAUAUACGAUACCUACAGUAACAGGUUGUUCAACAGACACCAAAAUUUUGAAUCUCAUAAUGUUUUACACAUAGGUACAUGCUCCCAGACUAGCUUAUGUGUAAAGCAUCCGUAAGUAUGUAAUCUGUGUGUCCAAUGAAGGUACAGAAUUUUAUACAACUGUUCCUAAUAUACCAUGAGUACCUGCUUUCUGGGGAUA